UCUCAACGCCAGACCCCAUUUUCCUGAUGUUAGAUAUCAAUUCCACAGAUGAACUUCAUGAUGUCCGCACAGUAGGCACUUGGCAAUUCAUGGCGUGCGGAGUUCAAGCUCAACAAUGGUCCUAUGAACCUCCAAAAAUCGACUUCAAAAAUGAGCCUCCUUGGCGUCAACAUGCCCUUCAUGACCUCGAACCCAUUUAUUGGACUGCCGUCUGGAUAAUCUUCAGCUUUGUUGUUCCUGGUGUCGUUUUACGACCGAAAUACGACCUUCAACAGAACUACCACUCUUUAUUUCCUCUUGGGAGUGUAAGGCGAGAGCUGAGGCAAAUGACCCUCGUCAGCGCCAUCAGGUAUGGUCUACCAGAAGAAUACUUCAUAUUUGUUCAAGACCUCCAUGAUUGGUGUGGACAUCUCCGAGAUCAAUAUGCACAUGUGUAUAUCAAUGCUUACCGUGGGAUGAAGCUGGCUGACCUUGGGAAGGAGAGCAUGAACGUCAUCCAGGAAAGUAUACGCACUCUGGGAAACAUGCGGUCGCUAGCUGUCGAGAGUCCUAUUCUUUCCCAGGAUGUGAAGAACGUUAGGAUGGUAAUGGAGAACACAGAGGAUGAGAAGAAGCAGACUCGGAGGCGCUGAUGCAACGGAGCAUUACCAUUACGCCGGAUAUCCUCCCCUACCAUCAUUCCUAUGUUCUACUCUAUUAACCUGCGACAUAAAAUCUUGUAGUUUCAAGACAAAGAUGUAUAGAGAUCAAGAAUUACUGUGCCUC